AGAGAGAGAGAGAACUAAACAUGGAUGGUGAAGCAGGCCCAGUGUGUGGAGGCAGCCAGAGAGAGAAGAAAAGGUCAUGCAAAGACUUAAUGAUGGAUGUGGAGGAGCUGGAGGAAGCUGAUUCGGAUUUUAAGGAAUGUAGCACCAUUAAGCUUUACAAGGAACCAGAAGGUUUACUCAACAAGAAAAGGAAACACUCUGGUAAUAGUGAAGGUGAGCCUGAACUUUAUGGAGCAGAGUCCUCUGGCUUCCUCCCUGCUUAUCCAGUCUGUGUGUCACGAGACAGAUGGGAAGAAAGAGAAGGAGAAGAGGACAUCCAAGACAAGUUGUUGCAUUCAUGUUGCACAGCAGAGGGCAGCAUUGAUCAGGCAAGUCCAAGCUCCAUGUUAGAGUACUGGGUGUAUCCAGAUAACCAGCACAGCAUGGCAGACUGUCCCAUUACCAGGACUAUCACCCCUCCUUCUACUCCAGUAACCCACAGGCCUUGUCCAUUCAUACCUGUUCCUAGUUCAGUGACAGCCGUUGCUUCUACAGUGUGCUCUCUAGUUAAUCCCAUGAUGUCUAGCCCCAUGGCUGACACCAGUAGUCCCAUUGGUUCUAUGUGCAUUCCCACCAGUUCAGCUUGGGACACUCUUAGAUCCACAUCCACGAGUCCUGGCUGCGCUGAUCAGGAUCCUGUCAGUGCUGCAGCUCACCUACACCUGUUGGGAGAAUCCUUGUCCCUGAUUGGACACCAUCUUCAGGAGACCAAUAAAAUGGUGAGUAUGUCGAGUAGCUUGUCUCUGCUCUUGGACUCUCUGCUGUGUGCCCUGGCUCCUCUAAUGUGCCUCACCGCACAGAUACCAGAGCUGAGGAGCUGCACUCAACACACACUGGCCUCCACUCUGGGAAACAUUGCCUAUGUGAUGCCCGGGUUGUGAGUGAUGAUGAAGACCACACUAGCAGCACACAGCACAUUCUAAUAUGCUGAAAGACACUAUAGGUCA